GCCCUGGUACUCCUACACACACUGGUUCCCCAUGGCCUCGUCCCACGUGCUGAAGGACGGCCCGGAGCCGGUUCCCAGGAUGCAGCCCGCCAUGAUGAUGUUCUCCAGCAAGUACUGGUCCAGGAGGGGGCUGUCUCUGGACUCGGCCAUGUUUGACCAGCAGCAGCAGCGCCACACCGGGGGGCAGAUGUCGAGGCGUCCGUCCUUCUGUCCCAUCAGCGAGACGCCGGACAAAGAGAGCGCUGAGGAUUCUGGGAAGACGGCGGUGGUGUUUUCUCUGAAGAACGAGGUGGGCUGUCUGGUCAGAGCUCUCAGACUGUUCCAGGUGAGACCAAGCUUCCUGUUUCCUGUUUCUUAUUUCCUGUUUCACCUCCAAGGAUGA